GGUGUCUCAGAUUCAUUCUUAAGGAACUGAGACUUUAAUCUUCCAAAAUGUCAAAAGACCAUCUUAUGCCCCACCUCCCACCCCAGCUCCUGCAACACAAAUGCCCAGCACACCAAGGUCUGUGACAUACAAUCCAUACAGUCAUCUCACUUACAACAACUACAGGCUGGGAGGGAACCCGGGCACCAACAGCCAGGUCACGGCAUCCUCUGGUAUUAUGAUUCCAAAACCCCCAAAGCCACCCGAUAAGCCGCUGAUGUCCUACAUGAGGUACAAUUUCUGGGACCAAGUGAAGGCUUCCAGUCCUGGCCUAAAGUUGUGGGAGAUUGGCAAGAUCAUUGGUGGCAUGUGGCGAGAUCUCACUGAUGAAGAAAAACAAGAAUAUUUAAAGGAAUAUGAAGCAGAAAAGAUAGAGUACAAUGAGUCUAUGAAGGCCUACCAUAAUUCCCCCGCAUACCGUGCUUACAUAAAUGCAAAAAGUCAUGCAGAAGCUGCUUUAGAGGAGGAAAGUCAACAGAAGCAGUCUCGCAUGGAGAGAGGAGAGCCCUACAUGAGCAUUCAGCCUGCUGGAGACCCAGGUGAUUAUGAUGAUGGCUUUUCAAUGAAACAGACAGCCACAGCCCGUUUCCAGAGAAGCCACCGCCUGAUCAGUGAAAUCCUUAGUGAGAGUGUGGUGCCAGACGUUCGGUCAGUUGUCACAAGGGCUAGAAUGCAGGUCCUCAAACAACAGGUCCAGUCCUUAAUGGUUCAUCAGCAAAAACUAGAAGCUGAACUUCUUCAAAUAGAGGAGCGACACCAGGAAAAGAAGAGGAAAUUCCUGGAAAGCACAGAUUCAUUUAACAAUGAACUUAAAAGGUUGUGCGGUUUGAAAAUAGAAGUGGAUAUGGAAAAAAUUGCAGCUGAAAUCGCACAGGCAGAGGAACAGGCUCGCAAAAGGCAGGAGGAAAGGGAGACGGAGGCCGCAGAGCAAGCUGAGUGCAGCUAGAGCAGCAUUGUUCCUGAGGAAGAGCAAGCAGCAGAGAAGUCUGAAGAAAAGAAAGACAAUGAGAACAUUCCCAUGGAGACAGAGGAGACACACCUUGAAGAAACGGUGGAACGUCAACAGAAUGGUGAAGAAGGCACGUUUACUCCUGAGGGCAAGGAGAGUGGACAGGAGGGGGUGGACAGUAUGGCAGAGGAAGGAACCAGUCAUAGCAACACUGGCUUGGAGAGCACCAGUGCGACAGUGGAGAAGCCACCGACAGAUCCCAUUCCAGAAGAUGAGAAAAAAAAAUAA